AUUCACUAUAUCUGGUCUCCCACAGUACACAGAACAUGGAAGUGGAAUUAUUUUAGUAAAUAUAAAUUGCUUUUCUCAUCAACAGUUAGAGCUGUCUUAGUACUGGUUAAAGCUUGUAGGAGGAGUUUUCUUCCUGUUCUAGGAAGGUGCAGAACACCUGACCUUGUUGAUUGGCCCUGUGCUGAUCACAUGCACUCUCCCAUGAAAAAACCCCCAAAAAACAUCUCUAGCAAUACACACCAAACUGAGCAUGUGCAGAGUGCCUCCACAUGAUAUGUCUCAUCAGGAGAUAAGGGGGGACACUGGAAAAAGGGGAGGAUCAGAGAAGUCAGGAUCAAACAGCAUUUUUACACAAUAGAGAGGAUUAACCCCUUAGGUUCCACAGUGAGUAUAAGAAGCAUGCUUUCCUGCAUAUAUAGGCUGAUUGUACUGUUGUGGGUUUAG